CCUGUGCAGUCGGGUUAGGUUGUCGUCGUCGGGAGGUUUCUCCUCACUCGCGUUCCUAGGCGACGCUCGCUGGCGGAGAAGCACCGGGGGCGUCUUGGAGGUUUUACUGUCAAAAGCAAGUGUGUGUGUGUGAGAGAAAGAGAAAAAAAGUUUCAGGGGGCGAGAGAGGCUUUUUAAACGCGGCGCGGAGUAACUUUGUUUUAGAUUACUCUUGUGACUUGCUGGGUGCUGACUGAGAGGAGAACCAGCAGUAGCAGCAGCAGCAGCAGCAGCAGCCGCCGCCAUGUCCCGCACAGAUGAGGUGCACAGAAUGACCGAGGGCGUCUACAAGACCAUUAUGGACCAGUUUAAUCCGAGUCUUCGAAAUUUUAUCGCCAUGGGAAAGUCUUAUGAAAAGGCACUUUCCAGUGUGUCCUUUGCAGCAAAAGGUUAUUUUGAGACCCUCGUGAAAAUGGGCGAACUAGCCAGUGAUAGCCACGCUUCUAAGGAGAUGGGGGAUGUCUUGUUCCAGAUGGCAGAGGUUCACAGACAAAUUCAGAUACAGCUUGAAGAAAUGUUGAAAGUGUUCCACAAUGAGCUGCUGAUGCAACUGGAGCAGAAGGUUGAGUUGGAUGCCAAGUACUUAAGUGCCACUUUGAAGAAAUAUCAGGCCGAGCAUAAAGCCAAGUUGGAGUCUCUGGAAAAAUGCCAGGCAGAACUGAAGAAACUGAGAAGAAAGAGUCAGGGCAGCAGAAAUCCUCAGAAAUAUGAAGAGAAAGAGAUGCAGUUUGCGGAGGCAAUAAGCAAAAAGCAAGUGGAACUGGGGAACUAUAUUGGAAACGGAUACAAGACGGCAUUGAGUGAGGAACGUAGGCGGUAUUCCUUUUUGGUGGAAAGGCAGUGUUCCGUUGCCAAGAAUAACAUGGUGUACCACAGCAGGGGCAAAGACAUGGUAACACAAAAGCUUCCUGGUUGGCAGCAGGCCUGCAGCGAUCCUUCCAAAAUUCCUGACCAUGCAUUGUCAAUGGUGCAGCAGUUGGCUUCAGGCAAUGGAGGAACCCUUAACCCCGACCCUGUGGCCACCACCAAAUCAGGGCUGAUAAUUUCAGAUCCCAUUCCUGGUGCUAAACCUCUACCAGUACCACCAGAGCUUGCACCCUUCGUUGGAAGUAACAUGGGUUCCAAUUCUCGCAUGAUGGGCCAGGAUGUUUCCUUAGUACCUAAUGGCGACCUGUCCAACUCACACCAAGCAGGCUAUCAGCAAUCGGCCCCGCCUGAUGUCAAACCAAAGCCGCCUUCACCGCCACAACUUCCCAAACAGCAAAAUGAUGUCUAUUCCCACACACUGCCUACACGCAAAGCAUUGCUCUUGAAAACCAGCCCUUUGUCAGCUGAAAACAAGACUUUGCCUCGAUCAAGCUCAAUGGCUGCUGGUUUAGAAAAGAACGGAAGAAUCAAAGUCCAAGCUAUUUUCUCGCAUCAGGCCGGAGGCAACAGUACACUGCUGAGUUUCAGCGAGGGUGACGUCAUCACAUUGUUGGUUCCUGAGGCCAAAGAUGGCUGGCAUUAUGGCGAGAAUGAAAAGACACGGAUGCGAGGAUGGUUUCCCUUCUCUUAUACCCGUAUAAUGCAAGGUGGAAUCAAUAACAUUUUAAAUAAUUUAAACCAUUCGAAAAGCAGCAGCACAGGGAACCUUCUACUGAAAGAAGAGCUCUCCAUUCCCCCACCUGACUACAACUCGCCUUUAAGAAUGACUCCUCAUCCGGCUUCCACUACAAAUACUUUCAAACCCCGACCCUACAGCGUGGCUGUGUCAGGUUUUGCACAGGGCCUGGAUUUUGGUCAGUCAGGAUUAUCGUUGAAUUCUGAUGCCGAGGUUGCAAGGUUCUGAAUUUAAACUUCUGCCACAUUUAAGGCCUCUCUAGAUUAAGAUGCCGUAGCAAAUAUCAAGUUGAGGCCGACCAAAAUAAACAACAGAUCGAUCCCUACGGUGAAGUGAACGCGGUCCCCGGGAGGAAUCCCUCGCUGUUCACUUGCUAAUGGCAAGAGAUGCCAAAGAAGUCUAAACCUGAAACUUCAUCUGCAUGAAAACAGUGACUUUAGUGACCGUCUUUAGAUGGCUCCAGUCUGGACUAAAGUUACAGAUAUAUCAAUCUCACAUCUUGCUGCAGCAGUGCCACUUUUGAAACAAAAAAUACACCUCUCCUAUCCCUGCUUUAAACUCGAUGGAUCUUGUGGGGGGAAUUAUUCAAUGGCAGGUGUGUGGUUAGGCUUUUGUAUGAUGUUUGUAAUUUAUGCAUGUGUUCAAGAAUUAGCAGUUAGUAUUUUUUUAUUAUAUACUUUAUACUAAUCAGCAUAUAAAACAAUAUUUUAUUAUCUGACUCUUUGCAGGAGUUGGCUAAAAUGUUGCCACUUUGUAGAAACUAGAAAGCUGAAAUAUUGUCAGACCAAUUGUAAAGUGUAUAUACUGUGCUGUGUUCUCUUUUGGGGAACAAUCUAAAAAGACGAAUAGGAUAUGUGUAUAUAACUGAGUAACUCUUAUUCAGAGUUAACCUCUGUUAACAUUUUAGAGGUCAUUAUUUGAAUCCUUGCAGUCACCUAUAAAGCUUCCAUUACUUUUGGAAAUAUUAAGCAAGUACUGUGGUGGUGGCAAGGGUCUGAUGUCAACUGAGGAAACAAACAUUUCUAUCCCUUUGCAGAAUUUUAGGAUUCCUCUGCAUUUUCUUUGCUUCCAUCUGCCACUGAAUGUGGAGUUGUCCAACAUUAUUUCACACCUGUGACUUGUAGUGCUUCCUUUAUUAAUUCUGACCAUCGAGUCAGCCCGCCGAGUGAAUAAAUGACUGAGGUCCCUGGAUAUGUCGUGUAAAACAGUCCCCUUCGAGCUGAUGGAAAAACACACAAAAGGGACUUGAUGC